AAAUCGAGAUGUGUGUGUGGUCAAAAAGACAGUGCAAGGUAGGGGUCGGGUGGCGUUUGUGAUGGCAAAAUUUUUGCAAAUGCACGGUCACUGACAUUAGCACCUACAAUGGACCAGCAAUUCUGUUUGCGCUGGAACAAUCACCCAAACAACCUGACUGAUGUGCUUGCGAGCCUGCUGCAAAGAGAGGCUCUCUGUGAUGUUACACUGGCUUGUGAUGGAGAGACAGUCAAGGCGCAUCAAACAAUAUUAUCAGCAUGUUCUCCGUAUUUUGAAAGUAUAUUCCUGCAAAACUCGCAUCCACACCCUAUUAUAUUUCUCAAGGAUGUACGAUAUUCAGAGAUGAAGUCAUUAUUAGACUUCAUGUACAAGGGUGAGGUGAAUGUUGGCCAAAAUAUGCUACCGAUGUUCCUAAAAACUGCUGAAAGCUUACAAGUAAGAGGUUUGACAGAAAAUAACACAUUGAAUCCUAAGGUUGAAGAACGCUCGACUCCAUCAGUGAGUGCGGAAAAUCUAUCAUCGCGUGCGGAGUCAUUCGCAACUCCGCCCGCAGCACACUGUGCGCCCCCCGCGCCUCUCACGCCCCUCCCUGCCACGCCUGCGCUAUCGCAGCACCCGCCCCACUCCUUGCCCCCAGAAAAGAGACGCAGAAAAAACUCAACUGUACCCAGAGAUGACAUAGAUUUACCAUAUAGACAUUAUGAGACACAGGGCCACCUGAAGUCAGUGAAGGGCGGUUCGACGGGGUCCGGGUCGGAGCCGUCGACGCCGCCGCCCGCGCACACGCCGCAGCGGCUGACGCCGCGCUCGCCCGCGCACACGCCGCACGUGAAGCAGGAGCCGGACUCGUACCCGCCGCCGCCGCCGCUGGCGCAUCCGCCACACGCGACGCAACACCCGCCGCCGCACUUCGACCAAACACAUCUAGCGAGCAUGGGUGUACCCGACAUGGCAUCAAUGUUGACACAGAGUAGCCUCAGCAACGAGUGCAACGAAAGUGAACCAAUGUUACAGCCACACCCCGACCAGACUGACACCAUCGAUGGCUCGAAGGGCUGGCACAUGCGGCUGACGUUCGAGCGGGUGGCGGGCGCGCUCAAUCUCCACCGCUGCAAGCUGUGCGGCAAGGUGGUGACGCACAUCCGGAACCACUAUCACGUGCAUUUCCCCGGACGGUUCGAGUGUCCCCUCUGCCGUGCUACGUACACGCGCUCCGACAAUCUGCGCACCCACUGCAAGUUCAAACAUCCCGCGUACAACCCCGACACGCGCAAGUUCGAGCCGCCACCGCCGCCGGCGCCGGCGCCGCCUCACGCGCCGCUCUUCGCCAACCAUCUAGACACGGGCUUCGAUUGAUUGUCCAUGUACUGGCUCGGCCUCGACGCUCUGUGAGCGGCGCGCGGGCCCGAGCCAGUUCAGACUCUCGUUGUUGAUGUGUCGAAAUUUUAAACGGACCGUCUCGCGUCGAAACCGCUUCCUAUUUAGGAUUAAGCUGAAGUGCUAUUACUUAACGGGCCUAUCUUUAAGUAGCUCGCCUCGGCGGGCGACUCGUUUAGUAUUGUCUCGGUUGUGCGUUGUUGACUUGCCCCCAGUGUGACCGGUCGUAUGAGAUUCCGAGUCGGGAAAUAAUCGAUGUCUAUGUUUCAUGUGACUCGAAAGCGUUUAUAAAGUAGGUAAGCAAAUUUUUUCUAUACCAAUCGCUAUACGGGAACGGGCAAAAGCAAUAAUAUGAUGUUAAUUUUAUUACCAUAUUAUUUUUUAUAUUAUAUCGAUAGGAAUCUUAAGCUAUUUAAAUGAUAUACAUUAUAUUGAGUAGCGGUGCGACCGCGAAGUGAUGCUGGUUAUAACCGUGGCUCCGAUACGGGCCCACAUUUUCUUGUUAUAUUUAUUCAUUAGAUAGGAAAUUAUAAGUUUCCUGUAGCUAAUUGUAUUUAUGUUAUUAUGUACAUCGUACGGGUGAAGCAGAAAUACAUCAGGAAAGAAUUUGAGGACUGGCUAGAGAUUGUGAUCUGUCGUUGGUCAACGACAUAUAAAUAUUGACUGAAUCUCAGAGUAGAUGCAUUUGUAACUCCAUGAGGCCUUUGCACGAUGGAUAAUUUUAUUAAGGAUUUGUGAUGUAAUAAAAGGGUAGCGCCUAAGGAAACAUACGAAAAGAUUUUUAUACUAGAAUAGUGGAUCUAUUUACGGAGAUUGUUUUUUUAUUCUUAGAUAUAUUAUAUUGUCUGAUUUAAUAUAUUUAUAUACUUACAAUAUUUUGAUUUUAUUAGUGUUGUUUGUUUUUAUUGAUUCAUCAUAAUUGUAGUAUCAUUCAGUUGGACGUAGUAGUAAUCGACAUUGAGCUGUUAACAUGUUUUAUUAUUUUAUCGUUGGUAGGUGUUUAUUUGUAUCAGAGCGCACGCGCUCUCGUCGUGUGAUCGGUGCUUUGUGGUCAAAGACCUCUUUCAAUUACUAUAAGAUAGGAUGGAACGUUUCGAGGUUGCGCAUUUAGUAACUAAUAUUGGCAUUCUACGAUUGGGACUAACCUAGCGUUUACGUAUGUAUUUUUCAAUUAAGAUUUAAGAUUGUUACAUUUUUAGCUAAAACACUUUAGAGUGGUACGGUAACUGAAAUGUGAUAAAAUGGAAUGGUGCUAGAACCAAGAGUGUUAACACGCUACGAUUCGACUCCUAUUAUAAUAUUAUUAAUGUUUUUAAUGAUUAGUUAUGUUGCAUUAUUAAUGUAAGGCAUCUAGCAUCCAGUUGAGGUCGCAUCUGUCAGGUCAACGGGUAACAUAACGCGUGGCUCGUUUAACGCCUAGAGAUUACAACAGUGGCGGAUUAUACUUUAAGCAAUUUAUUAUAAAAAAAUGUGAAUUGAUAAAGAUUGUAUAUUUUCGGCUAUGUUUACUUUCUUCACUCGACGACUGUAUUGGUAGUUAUAAUUUAUAAUACCUCGCUAGCAUCCAUCCCUAUUAGGGAAGGGCGCAUCUGGGGCCGUUCGAUACCUAGGGCACCGCCAAUCCUUAAUCCGCCACUGGAUUACAGUAUCACUCGAGAUUUUAUCAUAUUAUUUUCUUUCGGGAUAUUCAAAUUUACUAAUAAAGUUAAUAAUAUAAAAAUUAUAGGACGAUAAGAAUAUAUUAAAAGGAAUCCAAUCAUUGUCUACCAAAUAUAAAACGUUCGUGAAUGGUGUUCGAAACAAGCGCAUCCAAAUAAUAAAUCCGCGAUCGUCCCAUAAAGGCGUUAAUGCUGUUUAGUUGCUGUGAACAUGCAAUUUCACAUGUGCAAUUUUUUCAAAUAGUCAUAUAACUCAUAGAUAGAUUUUACAAUUGUCUAUUAAAUAUAGGGGCCCACUUGAUAAUGUAAGCGGUAAGCUCAGCGUCUCUGUAAAUUUUAAAACAUUUUUAAAUCACCUAAUGUUAAUUCCACAAAGAUUUUAUAUUUAUUUUAAGAGUAUCAAAGAUUUUUUAUAUUGUUCAUUGUAACGUGGGCACUUAUUAUUUGAUAGCAUUUCAUACUCAGUGCAAUAUUACUAGUUAUUUAAUUACGUAACCAAACUAAAGGAUAUUUAAAAAAAAAGUAUAUUAUAAUGUCUUCGAAGAGAGUAACUCCUAUUUGUAUUUACACAUAAGUGAACUCCUAAUUUCUAUUUUCUAACUAGUGAAACAGUUUGGGUUACGAAGAUGUACAGGUUAUAAUAGCUGGUAAUAUUAAGAUUAGCUUGUUUACCUCUGCCAAUCGUAAUAGUUAUGUACUAUUUAAUAAUUUAUUAUCGCGCAAGUUGAAGUCUAUUGUUGGAAUAGAUCAUAGCUAUCCAGUGAGGGUUCCAUUGCCCUGUCCAGUGUCAGUAGGAUCAGUUCGCUCAUCUGCCAAUGUCAAACGCUUCAUCAUAAAUAAUCGUGAAUGCAUUUUUAUAUAACUAUCACUCAAGACCAAUUUUGAAUAUGAAAUUUGCUAUAGCAAAUCGAUUGUUUAGUAAACAUAGAAUAUUAUUUUAGAUAUUUUAGGUUAGGAUACUUGAUAGUGUCUGGCCAGAAUAUUUUGGAGUAUCACAUCGUUUGGCUCAGAAAAUAUCUUCCUUUGAUCUCUUUUCGGCUUUCAGAAAGUAUGCAACUUAAUAAUUGUAUGGUGACCACGUAAUUGGACUUAAUGAAAGCUAACUUUAUGCCAUAUGGAAUUUAUACAUAAGGUUAACGAAUUACUAAAUUUAGUCUUAUGAAAUUGAGGUCUUGUGGACCUAGUCACUUAUUUGGCCAAUCUAAUGAAUAUUCCAAUUUAUUGUAUAUUAAAAUUUACAAUGAUAUCACAAGAGAUGUGAUCUUAUCGAUUCGAAUCAAUGGAGUGCAGGAUUAGCUAUAUGAUUAUAUUCAGGAUAGCAAUGGUCUAGUUAUGUUAAUUUUGUUUCAUUUUAUAACAUUAGCAAAUUUGUUAUAGUGUCGUAUAUCACAAUAGUGUAAUACUAAUAGGAAAGGGGGUGUCAAAUCGUAUACCUAACAGCCGACUUUUAGUCUUGUUAUAUUAUACAUGAAAUUUUAUGAAUAUUUGUUUAUCUUGGUUUGAUGCCUCCGUUUAAAGUUUAAUUUAAAUAAUUUUGUUUUAUGCAAGCAGUUAAUGCAAUUUUUUUUCACAUUUUUUGAUGUUAUGUAAUGCAAUUUUAACAUGUUGCAAACUCCUGCAUUUAUCUGUUGUAUUUAUUACUAAUUUUUACAUUAAAUUGUGGUAUGUUAC